GAGAGGCGGCGCCCGGCCAAGAUGGCGGCCUACCUGCAGUGGCGGCGCUUCGUCUUCUUCGACAAGGAGCUGGUGAAGGAGGCGGCCGCGGCCGAUGGGGCCUCCGGACCCGCCAAGCCCUUCGCCCUCCCCCCGGGCAUCACAGUCUGCGACUCGGGCCGGGGCAGUCUGGUCUUCGGGGAUAUGGAGGGGCAGAUCUGGUUUCUGCCCCGCUCCCUGCAGCUCAGCUGCUUCCAGGCCUACAAGCUGCGGGUGACCCACCUCUACCAGCUGAAGCAGCAUAACAUCCUGGCGUCCGUUGGGGAGGACGAGGAGGGCAUCAACCCCCUGGUGAAAGUCUGGAACCUGGAGAAACGAGACGGGGGGAACCCCCUUUGCACCCGGAUCCUUCCCGCCAUCCCGGGGAACAAGCCGACCGUGGUGUCCUGCCUCACCGUCCACGAGAACCUCAACUUCAUGGCCAUCGGCUUCACGGACGGCAGCGUCACGCUCACCAAAGGGGACAUCACCCGGGACCGGCACAGCAAGACCCAGGUCCUGCACGAGGGCGGCUACCCGGUCACCGGCCUGGCCUUCCGGCAGGCGGGCAAGGCCACGCACCUCUUUGUGGUCACCACGGAGAACGUCCAGUCGUACCCACUGUCCGGCAAGGACUACCCGCGGCUGGAGCUGGACACCCACGGCUGCGGCCUGCGCUGCUCGGCCCUCAGCGACCCCUCCCAGGACCUGCAGUUCAUCGUGGCCGGCGACGAGUGCGUCUACCUCUACCAGCCCGACGAGCGGGGCCCCUGCUUCGCCUUCGACGGCCACAAGCUCAUCGCCCACUGGUUCCGCGGCUGCCUGGUCGUCGUCUCCCGCGACCGCAAGGCCUCGCCCAAGUCGGAGUUCGGCGGCAGCGACCCGCGGGGCUCGGAGAAGCAGAUCCUCAACGUCUACGACCUGUGCAACAAGUUCAUCGCCUACAGCGCCGUCUUCGAGGACGUGGUGGACGUCCUGGCCGAGUGGGGCUCGCUCUACGUGCUGACGCGGGACGGGCGGGUCCACGCGCUGCAGGAGAAGGACACGCGGACCAAGCUGGAGAUGCUGUUCAAGAAGAAUCUGUUCGAGAUGGCCAUCAACCUGGCCAAGAGCCAACACCUGGACAGCGACGGGCUGGCCCAGAUCUUCAUGCAGUACGGGGACCACCUCUACAGCAAGGGCAACCACGACGGGGCCAUCCAGCAGUACAUCCGCACCAUCGGGAAACUGGAACCGUCCUACGUGAUCCGGAAGUUUCUGGACGCCCAGCGCAUCCACAACCUGACGGCCUACCUGCAGACGCUGCACCGGCAGUCCCUGGCCAACGCCGACCACACCACCCUGCUGCUCAACUGCUACACCAAGCUCAAGGACAGCGCCAGGCUGGAGGAGUUCAUCAAGACGAAGAGCGAGAGCGAGGUGCACUUCGACGUGGAGACGGCCAUCAGGGUUCUGCGGCAGGCCGGCUACCACUCCCACGCCCUCUACCUGGCGGAGAACCACGCCCACCACGAGUGGUACCUCAAGAUCCAGCUGGAGGACAUCGAGAACUACCAGGGGGCUCUGAGCUACAUCGGCCAGCUGCCCUUCGAGCAGGCGGAGAGCAACAUGAAGCGCUACGGCAAGAUCCUCAUGGUCCACGUGCCCGAGCAGACCACCCAGCUGCUCAAGGGGCUCUGCACCGACUACCGGCCCGGCCGCCCCGGCCCCGCCGGCCCCGCCGACGCGGACGUCCCCGGCUGCAGGGCCAACUCGGAGGAGUUCAUCCCCAUCUUCGCCAACAACCCGCGGGAGCUGAAGGCCUUCCUGGAGCACAUGGGCGAGGUGCAGCCCGACUCCCCCCAGGGCAUCUACGACACGCUGCUGGAGCUGCGCCUGCAGAACUGGGCCCACGAGAAGGACCCGCAGGUCAAGGCGAGGCUGCACGCGGAGGCCGUCUCCCUCCUCGAGAGCGGCCGCUUCGCCGCCGUGUUCGACAAGGCCCUGGUGCUCUGCCAGAUGCACGACUUCCAGGACGGCGUCCUCUACCUCUACGAGCAGGGCGAGCUGUUCCAGCAGAUCCUGCAUUACCACAUGCAGCACGAGCAGUACGCGCAGGUGAUGGGGGUCUGCCGGCGGCACGGGGAGCGGGAGGGCUGCCUGUGGGAGCAGGCCCUCAGCUACUUCGCCCGCAAGGAGGAGGACUGCAAGGACUACAUCGCCGCCGUGCUCAAGCACAUCGACAGCAAGAACCUCAUGCCCCCGCUCCUGGUGGUGCAGACCCUGGCCCACAACUCGACCGCCACGCUGUCCGUCAUCAAGGACUACCUGGUGCAGAAGCUGCAGAAGCAGAGCCAGCAGAUCCGGCGGGACGAACUGCACGUCCGCAAGUACCAGGAGGAGACCACGCGCCUCCGCCGGGAGAUCCACGACCUCAAGACCAGCCCCAAGAUCUUUCAGAAGACCAAGUGCAGCAUCUGCAACGGCGGCCUGGAGCUGCCUUCCGUCCACUUCCUCUGCGGCCACUCCUUCCACCAGCACUGCUUCGAAAGCUACUCGGAGAGCGACGCCGACUGCCCCACCUGCCUGCCGGACAACCGCAAGGUCACGGAUAUGAUCCGGGCCCAGGAGCAGAAGCGGGACCUCCACGACCAGUUCCAGCACCAGCUCAAGUGCUCCAACGACAGCUUCUCGGUCAUCGCCGACUACUUCGGCCGCGGCGUCUUCAACAAGCUCACCCUGCUGACCGACCCGCCCGGGGGCAGGACGGCAGGCGGCCCGGAGGCCGGCCUUCAGCGAGAUCUGCUCCUGCAGGGCAAGCGGGGCAACUAGGGCCCGAGCCAGCCGGGCGGCGGCGGGGCGGGGGGAGGUGGGGAAAAGCACGCGAGCGUGUGGAGAGAAUGGGUC